UAAGAAGAAUGGCAACUUCACUUCUCUUGUUGAUACCCUUUGCCCCUCUCUUUCUCUCUCUCUUUCGAAGUCAAUGAUCUAUGAGGGUCAAAUAUUGAUUUGUUUUCCAACGCCAAAAUAUUUCGAUUUUGAUUUUUGGGUCUUAUAGUAUCACACCUCUUUUACUCUUGGGGUGAAAGAGGAAUGAGAUUUCUAAAUAGCAUUCUAGAAUUAUCGAUUUCUAUUUUUAGACUUUGAUUCAUCAAUAGGGCCCAAAAUGCCCAUUUUUGCUAUCAAAGUUUUGUAAUUUUAGAAUAAAAAUAUGAUUUUUUAGAUCGAUUCGUUGAUGGGUUAUUCUGAGAUAUUGUUGUAAUGAUUAGUUCAUAUUCUAUAUCUGAAAAUCUCUGGUAAUUAAAAAAUGGAGGAUCAAGAUGUUUUAGGUUAUAGAACAUUUGUUGAUGUUGAAAGAGAGGAGGAAGAAGAAGAAGAUGAGUUUUGUAGUUGUUGUGAAGAUGAAAAAGAAGAUGAAGAAAGAGAAGAAGAAGAAUGGAAAGAAAUUGAAGAAACGGUGGUGGAAGGGUUGAAGGAAGAACUUGAUGAAUUUUCAGUGAAAAUGUUCUUUAAGGGUUUGUCAAUAACUGGUGUGGAAAAUUCAACAUCAGGGUUUUCUGGAAUUGGAGUGUUCAUGGAAAGAUCAUCAAGUUUUCCACCUAUAAGGGUGCAAAAAAGGCUUGAUUUUUAUGCUGAGGAGCCUAUGGUUGAUUACUUGGCACUCAUGGAUGGUUUGUUAGAAGCUAUGCAGAAUAAGAUCCGUAGGGUUUAUGCUUUCACUGAUUCUGAGUUGUUGUAUAAGAUCACAUUUGAUGAAAAUUUGGACAUGCCACUUUUAAUGGCACUGAGAGAAAGGAUUCUGGAACAUGCCAAUAAUUUUGAAACUUUUGAUCUGAAGCUUGUACCUAGCAUUGAUCUUGAGCAGCCAAUGCAGUUGGCCAAAGUAGCGAUGGGACUCGUCACUUUUCCAGUAAAUGGUGAAAGGUUGCUUGAGAAUUGUUCUAUUUGUUGUGAUGACAAGCCGGUGCCGAUGAUGAUCACUUUGAAAUGUUCACACACAUUUUGUUCACAUUGCUUAAGGUCCUAUGCCGAUAGUAAAGUACAAUGUUGUCAAGUCCCUACAAGAUGUCCUCAACCAGGAUGCAGAUACUGUAUCUCUGCACCUGAGUGCAAGUCUUUUCUUCCGUUCGCCUCCUUUGAAUCUCUGGAAAAGACCCUUACGGAAGCCAAUAUUGUCGAGUCGGAUAGGAUUUAUUGCCCGUUUCCAAAUUGCUCUGUUGUCCUUGAUCCCUGUGAAUGUUUAUUGGCAAAUGACGGUUCAUCUAGUCAGUCAGACAAUUCUUGUAUCGAGUGUCCUGUUUGUAAGAGGUUUAUUUGUGUGGAUUGUGGGGUUCCUUGGCAUUCUUCCGUGACCUGUGAAGAAUACCAGAGUUUGCCAGAGGAGGAGAGAGAUGCUUCCGACAUUACAUUGCAUCGUCUUGCUCAGGAUAAAAGGUGGAAACGAUGUCAGCAGUGUCGAAGAAUGAUUGAGCUUACUCAAGGUUGUUACCACAUGACAUGCUGGUGUGGUCACGAGUUCUGCUAUUCUUGUGGUGCGGAAUAUCGGGAAGGCCAACAAACAUGCCAAUGUGCAUAUUGGGAUGAAGACAGCUUGACACAUUCGCUUCAAGAAUCAGAACAAUGGGCAUGGGAGACUUCCUUGAUCAUGGACGCGUACUCAGAUCAAGAACGAUCACAACUCGCACUUAUACAACGGUUCCUUGAUGGCGGUUUUAGUCUUAGUGACCACAAUCCCUACCAAUCUCCUCCCCCUCACUGUACAGAAUCCUUUGUAGACCCUUUGAAGGAUCUUCAUCAACUUCCAUGGCUAGAGAGAUUCGUGUCUGUGAUAAGUGACAACUACUAUGAAGAUUACAUGCAAUGAAACUAUGCUAAAUCUUAUGCUAUCUAUUGCACUUCUGGAUUGUUCAGUGAGUUUCGCAGAAUCACAUUAUGCCACCGUAUGUUGUUGGCAAAAACUAUACUUUGAAGCUUCGACAAAAUCACGAUGCCAGUGUGUGAUUUUACUAAACUCAUUGUCAAUCUAAACAUGCAGAUGCAGAUAGUUAGUUCAUCAACUUCAUACAAUCACAUGGAUAAAGAGUUUCUCACUCUGCUCAUUUUUCUCAUUAGGUGUAAUAACAAUGUCAUGUGACUUCUUUUAUGUUCUUCACUUUGAUAUCUUUGACCUAAGGUUCAUGGAUAUUUUAUUAGGGUGAACAAUUUGUUCAUGAUCACUUUCUUAUUAAAAGAAUGAAAAAUGAACAUUGGAAGAAGAGAAACCAAAA